UUGGAUUGUUGCAUUGAAAAUAUAAGAAGGCACUUUGGCACUGACACUGUCUCUCUCUUCUCAGGGUCUGACUUUCAGUGUAACACUCACAUAAUUCCAGUGAAGAAUGAAGAAGGCGUGGUGAUGAUGUUCAUUUUGAAUUUUGAUUACGUCAUGGAGGAGGGAAGUGACCACUCUGCAGAAAACAUAAGCCCCACAUCCCCCACAAAGUCAGAUCAAAGGAGAAGUAGAUUCUUCCGAUUCCGGCAGGCUGCUUUGAGUCUAAUGAAUACCAACAAGCAGUCUCUUCCACAAGAAGAUCCAGAUGCUGUGACAGUUGACUCUCCUAAAGAGGAAGCUGAUUCAGUGCCCCUGGAGAGCUUCCCCUCACCCACAAGAAGCAUUUGCAGUCCGGUUGAGGCCAACGACACUCGUGCCCUGAUAGGCUCAAGUCACCAUUCUUCCAAGGCCAGCAUCGGUCCUGAACCACUUGACCAUUCAUCCCUUAAACUUCCCUGGGAGAAGCUUUACCAGACAGAGACACAACAGUCCUCUACCUCCUUGUCAAACACCUUUCCCAGAGGCAGCACCAGCAGCAUGAGGAGAGCCUCAUCCAUCCAUGAAAUUGAGGGCUAUAGCUCCAAUUCCAAAAGUUUUUUCAGGGAUCGGUACACGAGUGAAGGCCCUUUCAAACAUGUGAAGUCCAGCUUGCUUGGCUCUACAUCUGAUUCCAACAUCAACAAGUAUAGCACCAUCAACAAGAUCCCUCUGAUUGCACUCAACUUUGCAGAGGGGACUGACAAGAAGGCUCACUCUCCUCCAACAUCAGAGAAUACCAUCAUUGCACCAAAAGUUAAAGACAGAACUCACAAUGUCACCGAGAAGGUCACGCAGGUGCUGUCACUUGGGGCUGAUGUGCUGCCAGAGUACAAACUCCAGACAACUCGUAUUGACAAGUUUACCAUCCUCCACUAUAGCCCCUUCAAAGCUGUCUGGGACUGGCUAAUCCUUUUGCUGGUCAUCUACACCGCUAUCCUCACUCCUUACUCUGCUGCCUUUCUUCUAAAUGACCAAGAGGAGCAACGGAGGCGGGAAUGUGGAUACUCCUGCAGCCCUCUCAACGUGGUAGAUUUGAUGGUGGAUAUCAUGUUCAUCAUUGACAUUCUCAUAAACUUCAGGACCACUUACGUGAACCAGAAUGAAGAAGUGGUCAGCCAUCCAGCUAAAAUAGCAAUCCAUUACUUUAAAGGCUGGUUCCUCAUUGAUAUGGUGGCAGCAAUCCCCUUUGACCUUCUUAUCUUCGGCUCAGGAUCAGAUGAGACAACCACUUUGAUCGGCCUGUUGAAGACAGCAAGGCUCCUGCGGUUGGUGCGUGUAGCCAGGAAGCUGGACCGCUACUCCGAGUACGGAGCUGCAGUGCUGAUGCUGCUGAUGUGCAUCUUUGCCCUAAUUGCCCACUGGUUAGCUUGUAUUUGGUACGCCAUUGGCAAUGUGGAGAAACCCUACUUGGAGCACAGGAUUGGCUGGUUAGACCAUCUUGGCGUUUCUAUAGGGAAGAGAUACAACUACAGUGAUCCUAACUCUGGUCCCUCGAUCAAGGACAAGUAUGUCACAGCACUUUACUUCACCUUCAGCAGUCUGACGAGUGUCGGCUUUGGAAAUGUUUCCCCAAACACCAACUCCGAGAAGAUCUUUUCCAUAUGUGUCAUGUUGAUUGGCUCUUUGAUGUAUGCCAGUAUUUUUGGAAACGUCUCUGCCAUCAUCCAGAGGUUAUAUUCGGGGACGGCACGCUAUCAUGCUCAAAUGUUACGGGUCAAAGAGUUCAUCCGCUUUCACCAGAUCCCCAACCCACUGAGGCAAAGACUAGAAGAAUACUUCCAACACUCAUGGGCCUACACCAAUGGCAUUGAUAUGAACACGGUAUUAAAAGGUUUCCCCGAGUGCCUGCAAGCAGAUAUUUGUCUUCACCUCAACAACAAUCUUCUGAAUAACUGCAAAGCUUUCCAAGGAGCUACUAAAGGCUGCUUAAGGGCUUUGGCGAUGCGCUUCAGUACAACACAUGCACCCCCUGGAGACACUCUGGUCCACAGCGGCGAUGUUCUCACUGCUCUCUACUUUCUGUCUCGUGGUUCUAUUGAGAUCCUAAAAGAUGACAUUGUAGUUGCAAUCUUAGGAAAAAAUGACAUCUUUGGAGAAAUGAUCCAUCUUUUUGCCAAGCCCGGGAAGUCCAACGCAGAUGUGAGAGCACUGAGCUACUGUGACCUGAGCACCAUCCAGAGAGAAGACCUGCUGGACGUGCUUGACAUGUACCCAGAAUUUGCCGACUACUUCUUCAACAACCUGGAGCUUACCUUCAACCUCAGAGACGAGUCUGUCAAGCCCACUGAUGUCCAAGAAUGUGAAUCAGAUGGCGAGGGGAAUAAAAGCUUGAAAAGACGAAUCUCUUUCACACCAGAUCUACCUGAAGGUCAGCAGAGACUAAUCCACAGUGCAGCCAUGUUCAGCAUGCUUUCUGGGGAAAACAAGGAAAUGACCAAAGACGGUCAGAAAGACAGAGGUUCUAACUCGUGCCUGAGGAGAAGUUCAGCUGUCCUGGGUUCCUCCUCACUUGGUGUUCCAGUCAUGGAUUCAGAUCUUAUUGCCAGAGACAACGAGGAACAAAGACCAUCCACUGAAGAUCUGCCCUGUGAUAAAUGGUCCUGUAAUAAGCCUACAGACUACCUGGAUGAGUCAGCACAGUUCCAAAACCUGAGAGAGGAUGAUAAUUCUGCCAGUGAAAUCACAUAUGGAGAGGUUGAACAGCGCUUAGGUCAGCUUCAAGAGCACUUAAACAGACUGGAGUCGCAGCUGACGUCAGAUAUUCAGACCAUACUGCAGAUGCUGCAGAGACAGCCGACUCCAGGACCUCCUGCCUACAGCACUGUGACUGCCAGUCCAGAAUAUCACAGACCUGCUGUGAAGAUGCAGCCAGUCACUCUGACUGCAAGCCGCCUUUUCAGCCAUACUGGAACUCAAGGCUCUAGCUAUAGGCUGGAGAGCACCAUUCAGGAAUCCAAAGACUCUGUGUCCAGCUUGGCCAUUGUGAAUACACCUAUGGAGGACAGCCUUACAGCAUUUUUUGAACAGAGACAUACAGACCCCCCACUACAGCAACAAGUCAUUACGGCGCAUCAACAGUUAGCAUUGAUCCCUUUUCAAGUUGAAACAACCUCUGCCUCUUCCUCCCCAGCAUCACAUUCUGACCCCAAGCACAACACCACUGGACACUAUAAACCUGUCACAGAUUCAGAGUUUCCAAGGCCAUGAACUUUUUCAACAACAUUAUACUCUAAUGUCAGGGUUAAAAUGCUGUAAUUACUAAGUAGCACUUUUUAUGUUUUUAUCAGCAUGCUGGCACAGCCAUCUGUUGUGUUACAGUGGCUAUGUAAUAGAAGUAAUAUUUUCUAUCAUUGUGCAUGUGGAUAAAACAUUGUUGUUGUUUUUUUGUUUAGAGGGAAAUAAGAAACCCUUUAGACAAAAAGAAGAAUCAGUUCCAAGCAGCUAUCAAAGCACUAACUUGUUUUCUGUUUGAACUUUAUUUGAACUGCACUUUUCAAACCAAAUUUCUUCAUCUCAGUCUAUAUAGAUUAAGUCUGUUGAAGUCUGAAAUAAUUUUCUUUCUGUAGAUUACUAAGCAGAUACCCAACCAAAUCACAAGUCUAUUCAGGUCAGUCCCUGUUAAACGGAAACACUUCCUCAGUCACCAGGUCCAUGGUUUUAAGUAAAUUCUGCAUUUCUGGUUUUAAAAAAUCAAACCGACUUCACUUAAUAAUGAUGGAAUUAACAGUUAAACAACUUUCUAAUUUAACAAGGCUUUUUACUCUUAUCACCCUCUUGCGCUUCAGCUGUCAAUGUUCCCACACAGUUGGUCACACUGGAGUGGACCAUCAGGCUAGGGUCAGCAAGAAUAAGCACCACAUGACCCACAGUCAUGGAUUCUGGUCUUGUCAUCAGUGCAGCAAUCUGUCUCCAUUAGCAACUCAAUUCACCAACCCCAAGUAGAAACAAAGGUUACCUUGACAAUCAGAGAGACAUGCCCCAUCCUCCACUUUCUAAAAAAGAUGAGCUGACAGACCUACCUCACAGAAGACAGAUCCCAGUAACCAGCACCUCAGACACCAGUUCAUUACUUCAAAUUCCUUUAGUCCCUUGUAGGUGUUAGUCCCACAGCCAGGGCAAAACUGGCUCUCCCACCACCAGUUACAUGAUCUAAUAGCCGUGCACAAAUCUGAAGAAUCAAUCAUGUCUGAUCUGGCAUGUGGACAUGGUGAAAUUGAGAGUAGCACCAAAUGGAACCGCCACACAGCCUCAAUUAAGUACAGGUUACGAUCAGUGGGAAGUCAAAAGCAGCAGAUAGAUAGGGUGACAGUCAUUAACCAUCAAACUGCCACUAUAUGGUACAAGUAUAUAGUGUACUAAAGGCAACAGAAAUCUUUUCCUGGCUGCUGUAGAGAUACCAUUACGGUUUUACCUCCAAAUACUGAGUCUCAGUAUUGGGGGCAGCCAAUGUAUUGCUCACUGCCAAAGUGUGACACAAUUCAUCAUUCAGUUAACUUUACUCCAAAGCAACAAGCAAAAUAGGUGACUUUAGAUUUUAAAUGCUGGAUGUUGACAACCCUUCACUGUUUUCAAGGAAGCCCUGAUGGAUGGCAUCUGGAGAGCACAGAUGCUUAUUCACAUUGUUGACCUGGACAGACUGAGACAGCAAAAGGGAUGUGAGCCAAAAUCCAUGGCCCUGCACUGUUUUGUGUCCUCACUGCUAUUGUAUUUAUGUACCUGAGUUACAAGGAGGUGACUUUGUUACAACAAAAAAACUAUGAUACUGCAGUUCUUCUAGUUUCAUCUAUUGGUGCACAGGAAAUGACACAGAGGGGACAGACAAGAGCCCCAUACUGAGUUCCCUCUCCUGGGCCAAAGAGCUUGUGUGAAACACUGGUGAACCUGGUCAUGGAUGUUAGAACCUGCAGGUGUUACAUACACAUACUUUACAAAGAAUGUUUUCAACCUAUUGGUGUAAUUCAGCAUUACAAAAGGGUGAGAACAGUUUUCUUAUCAUUAGUUCCAUUCCUGUCUUCUCUGAAGUGUGACUCAGGGGUUUUGGCACUUGCACUGCAAUAAACAAAACUAAGUAUACAGUAGUUUUGUUCUUUAGUAAAUGUGCAUUGUUACUACAGUCACUGAUGUGCUAGUGUACAGCCAUACAUCAGCACAAACUACAUACGCUUGUUUAGAAAAAAAAUACAACAAGCAGAUUUGAGGAUUUUCUGCUGUUAUCCCAGAGCUUGGCCUCUGGCAUUUCCACUAAGCAGUGCAUGAGGUUUUUUUCUAUCUAAAUUUUUCCUGUCUUGCGCUGUUUGUUAUCCAAAGUAGCACAUCAUUUAAAAUGAUGUCAGCUUACAUGUCUUUUUUAGUACGUUGUACGUCGAGAGUGUACUAGGAGAGGUUGGGAUAUUUAAAGAAAAGUUACAGUAGCACUUGCGCAUACGCAGGCCCAAAAAUGGGUCUUGUGCCUAUAAAUCCAAUCCAAAUGCUAAGUUUCAUCUUAAUAUUUAGAUAAAUAUUCAACGAUUAAUUGUUACCCUAUGAAGUUUUGGCCUCUGUACAUUAAAGUAAGUUAUUUUCAGUUGUUGUAGAAAAAAAAUAUGUCUCAUUAAAAAAUGUAAAUAACAUUAUUUUGAUUUUUUACUGAAUUAAUUAUUUGAGAGAGUCUAUAGUAAAACAAAGAGUAGUGAAUAUGCCUGUUUUUAAGCUGUGGAAGCA